CAAAUCAAUGCGGAAAUAAUUUAGCACACGCUCGUUUCCAGUCCUUAUCAUUUCGUCGGUGAACUGCUCAGCUGCUUGGUAGCAAUAUUUUCCUCUUAAUCAAUGCUGACCCUCUUACAUAGGGCAAUACCGCAACUGCAGGUACCGAUAAGAUGUCGGGGAUUCGUGCCCAGAUCCUAUAUAAAUUCGUUCGGCAAGGGCUAACUAGCACCACAGUCCUCGAUCCUGGCGGUUAGUGCACGACAGUUUCAGUGUCCGAACGAUCAUCAUGUCCGCGAGCCUCAAAGUAGCGCUGCUGCAGCUAAAGGGCUACCCGAGCAAGCAGGAAAGCAUUGCGAAUGCGAUCGUCCACAUCCGGCUGGCCAAGGAUCGGGGUGCCCGGUUGAUCAUACUGCCCGAGUGCUUCAACUCUCCCUACAGUGUUAGCGAGUUCGGACGCAAUGCCGAGGCAAUACCGCAGGGUGACACGAGCCAAGCGUUGGCAAAGGUAGCGGCCGAACUCGGUAUCUAUCUGGUCGGUGGCAGCUAUCCGGAGAAGGAAGGCACGAAGCUCUACAACACGUGCCCGGUGUUUGGACCCCAGGGGCAACUGCUAUGCAAGUACCGCAAGAUGCACCUGUUCGACAUGGACAUCCCGGGCAAGUGUACAUUCCGUGAGUCAUCCGUCUUGACGCCCGGUGAGGGUCUGGCAACGUUUACGAUCGACUCGCUCAAGAUCGGGCUCGGUAUCUGCUGGGAUAAACGGUUCGCCGAGCUAACGGCAUGCUAUCGGCAGCUCGGUUGCGAUAUGAUGAUCUUUCCAUCGGCUUUCGAUCCGUACACGGGACCGUUGCACUGGGAUCUGCUAGGGCGGGCCCGUGCCCUGGACAAUCAGAUGUUCGUGGCACUAGUGUCGCCAGCUCGGGAUCCAACGACCGAGUACGUCGCCUACGGUUACACGUUGCUGUGCGAUCCCUGGGGAAGGGUGCUGUGCCGUGCCAAGGAAGAACAGGAGAUGCUGAUCGCCGAUAUCGAUCUGAGCAUGUGCGAGCAAAUCAAGGGUCAGAUACCGGUGUUGAGUCAGAAGCGUGCUGACGUGUACGAGCUCAAGUUGAAGAAAUGUUAAUGCUAAGCGCCUUCGGAGAAGCUCCCGGAACCGUGCCAUUUAACUAUCGAACCAAGACGAUCAAUCGUUUGAUGUGUCUGAAUCUCUACAAAAGAAUGAAUAAAAGCAACAAAGCAAAAACACCCGACACGUAAAAUGCGUUGAAUAAUAAGGUUACCUUACGGAUGAUGAUCUACUGCUCCAAUAA